AGCCCCGCAGCGGCCGAAAAUACCAAAAUACCAAAAUACCCGAAUACAUCUGCACCUUAACCUCGACAUUUCUCCAGCCAGACUCCCGACGUCUCCCUCGAUCCCACUCCCACUUCUGCGUCUUGCAUCGUUACCUUAGUCUCCUACGUUGACCAGCUUAACUGGACUCUCGCCUGUGCGGCACGAUCGAGUAGAUAGGCUCCAUCUACAAGCCAACAUGUCCGACGACAAGGAAAUUGCGAACACAGACACCCUUACCAAGUACAGGGUCGCCGCCGGUAUCUCGGAGAAGGUCCUUGCCGCCGUCUCCAAGCUCUGCGUCGCAGGCGAGAAGAUCGUGUCUAUAUGCCAGAAGGGAGACAAGCUCAUCGAGGAUGAAGUUUCCAAGGUCUACCGCACCACCAAGCUUAAGGGUUUCUCCCACCCUACGACCGUGUCCCCGGCUUCCUAUGUGACACCCUACACUCCGCUGGCAUCCGACUCCGAGGCGAACACGGAACUCCAGGCCGGAGAGCCCGUGAAGAUCCAGCUCGGUGCGCAAAUCGAUGGAUUUGGCUCUAUCGUCUGCGACACAAUCCUCGUCCCAUCCAAGGACCAACCGCAAGAUGAAGUUGUCACCGGUCGCUCAGCCGAUCUCAUACUCGCUACACACUACGCAAACGAGCUUCUCCUGCGACUCCUGCUCCCUCCUGGGCUCCUCGCGAGCGGAACAGAUGAGGAAAAGGCAAAGGCGGCUGCGGUUAAACCCCUCACCCAAUCCAAGAUUACGUCUCUCCUGGAGAGGGUUGCCAAGACCUACGACUGCAAUUUGGUGGAAAGCACCACCUCCUGGCUUUUCGACCGUAAUGAGAUUGAGGGGAAGAAGAAGAUUGUGGUCGCUCCGGCAGAAGGGACCAAAGGAGAAGGCACCCCCGAGGUUAGCGAAGUCUGGGGCGUGGAGGUAGGCCUGAGUUUAGGCUCAGGGAAAGUCAAGGCGCUGCCCGAGCAGCGAUCAACUCUACACCGUCGAACGACCAAUACAUAUAUCCUAAAGUCACAGACGGCGCGGAAGACCUUGUCCACCAUCCAGAAUAAAUUUGGCCACUUCCCCUUCAGCUUAAGACAGCUUGAGGAAGAGGGAGGUGAGACCAAGUACAAGGUUGGGGUGCACGAGGGUGUUCGUCAAAACGUCCUGCGUCAGUACGAGUUGGUCGGCGACAAGGACGGCGCCCCCGUAGCUAGACUCCUAACUACCGUCGCCAUCACGAAGAACGGAAUUUCUAAACUCGGGGCUCCACCAGCGUUAGAUCUUAGCAAGUUCCAGUCGGACAAGAAGAUCGUGGACGAGGAGAUUCUGAAGAUAUUAGAACAACCUUUGAGCAAGACUAAGGCGAAAGGCAAGAACAAGAAGAAGAAGAAGCCUGCUAAGAAGGCUACCGAGGCGAAGGAGGGUGACGACGAAGAGGAGAGCGAGGAUGAAUAGGGGUUUCCUAGGCUGGAUGCGCCCAACGAGUCACGCUCUGGGAGCUGACCAUAGGGUCCAUACUUGGUACAUUACGAGGCCGACGGCUUCGACUCUGAAAUCCCGCGUCUAUCGAUGGAUGUACCCAUGGCCUACGCUUGUCCAGCCCCGCAUUUUCGGCACGGGGUCGGUUCAGGUCAUACAGGGCGACAGGUCGGUCGCUAAAAACGGAUGGUAGCCUUCGCAUACUUGUGUUAUUAGCAUUCGCAGGUGAAGGGGAGAUGUAGUGACCGGCUAGGCGAAAGAGAAAAAAAAAAUACCCC